GUUGCUGUUGACUUAGCCGGAAUAGAUUUAUCCGCGAUGGCGAUUAUUCAGUUGGGUGAUUAUAUUGUCAUUCAAAGGCAAAAAUAUACCAAAUUGCAAAAAUUUGGAAGUCUCGAUGCGACAGCAACGUUAGGCAAGGAACACCUGGAGCUAAAAUCACUGUUGGAUCAGCCAUACGGCUCGACAUUUAAAAUGUGUGUAAAAGAGUCGAAGGCGGGCAAACGUGGCGCACAGCGACAGCACAGUCUUGAGCUGUGCACCGAAAAUGAAUUACGAAGUAUUAGAGACGUGCUCAAUAUUUCUAGCAGCGGAGCCGACAACCGGGAUAUUAGCGACAAUGGCGAGGCACAAUCGCUGAAAUCAUCGGACAUCGAGCAGAUGCGUGAGGAAUGCAACGAGUCAAGCAAGAUCAUUGAGAAGCUAGUGGAAAACUCGAAAACGUUUCACACCCGCACCGAAUACUCACAGGAUAAAUAUCUGCUGAAGAAGGAGAAGAAGUAUUUUGAGUUUGUCCAAAUUCGCCAGCCCACCAUACGUCUAAUGGCCGACAUAUUCCAUCGGCAGGAUCCGGAUAAAAUAAUGGGCAUACGUGUGGAUACGCUCUCACAAAUUAUAUCCUACUCGGGCAUAUCUGGUUUUGGCAACUAUCUGCUGUACGAGAGCGGCACGAAUGGCCUCCUUCCAGCAGCCAUGCUAAACUCUAUGGGGGCUGGCACAGAGGCAACACUGGUCCAUAUGCAUCCAGGCAAUGUGCCACAGAAGCAGGCGCUACUCGCUCUCAAAUUGCCUUUCGAGCAGCAACAACGUUGCAUCUCUGUUAAUUUAUAUUCAGUGCUGCGUGAAUUCUACCAAGGCGACAAGCCAGAAGCGACAAAGUCGUCUGGCGACGAAGAGAAGGUUGAGGCUGUGACUGAGGCUGAGGUGACUGCAGAAGAGCAAAGCGAAGGUUUUGAGCCCAGCAGCAAGAAGGUUAAAUUGGAGUCACCGAACUCCAAUAAACCACCUCAACGAUGGCAGGUGGAGAAUAAGCGCGCUGCCGCUUUGAUGAAUGAGAAAUUCGAUAGUCUUGUAAUGGCUGCGAAGGAGCAUCCUUCGAAUAUAUUGCAAGCAUUGUUGCCACUGGUAAAGCCCUCGCGACCCGUUGUCAUCUUCGGCACGUGCAAGGAGCUGCUCCAGGAAAUAUACAUGGAGCUGAAGACAACGGGCAAAGUGACAAAUCUACAUCUAACAUCCAACUGGAUGCGCACGUAUCAAAUACUGCCCAACCGCACCCAUCCGGAGGUCAACAUGAGUGGUAACAGUGGAUAUCUCUUGACGGGUUACACAUUGAAAUAACAGUGGAUCACAUGCAUCUCCAGUAGGAGGACUUAGAAACUA